GAUGUCUAUAGUGAAUAUUGUCGCCAGGGAGAUCCUGGACUCCAGGGGAAACCCAACUGUGGAAGUAGAUCUGCAUACAGACAAAGGUCUUUUCAGGGCUGCUGUGCCCAGCGGUGCAUCUACAGGCAUCUACGAGGCUCUGGAGCUCCGAGAUGGAGACAAGACUCGCUACAAGGGCAAAGGUGUAACCAAGGCUGUAGGUCACAUUAAUGACACCAUUGGACCUGCCCUCAUCCAGUCGGGGAUCAGUGUGCUAGAACAGGAGAAACUGGACAACAUGAUGAUUGAAAUGGAUGGUACUGAAAACAAAUCUAAGUUUGGUGCCAAUUCUAUUCUUGGAGUAUCACUGGCCAUAUGCAAAGCUGGCGCAGAGGAGAAGGGCGUCCCCCUGUACCGUCACAUUGCUGAUCUGGCAGGAAAUAAAGAGCUGGUCCUCCCAGUUCCUGCAUUUAAUGUAAUCAACGGGGGCUCUCAUGCUGGUAACAGGCUGGCUAUGCAGGAGUUCAUGGUACUUCCUGUAGGGGCAGAGUCUUUCCGUGAUGCUCUGCGUAUGGGGGCUGAGCUCUACCAGACACUGAGAGGUGUCAUCAAGGAGAAGUAUGGUCAGGAUGCUACAAAUGUGGGAGAUGAGGGGGGAUUUGCCCCUAACAUACAGGAGAACAGUGAAGCCCUCGAGCUGAUCAAGACAGCCAUAGAGAAAGCGGGCUUCACAGACAAAGUGGUGAUAGGGAUGGAUGUAGCUGCAUCAGAGUUUUUCAUCGAGGGCAAGUAUGACCUCGACUUUAAGUCUCCACCCAAUGCUGCACGCAACAUCAGCGCUGAUGAGCUGGCCAGCAUCUACCAGGGCUUCAUUAAUAACUACCCAGUGGUGUCUAUUGAAGAUCCUUUUGAUCAAGAUGACUGGCCAGCUUGGGCACAGUUUACAACUUCAGUGGGCAUCCAGGUGGUUGGCGAUGAUCUGACGGUCACUAACCCUCGCAGGAUAGAACGAGCUGUGGCGGAAAAGUCCUGCAACUGCCUGCUGCUUAAAGUCAAUCAGAUUGGCUCUGUCACAGAGGCCAUCAAGGCCUGCAAACUGGCCCAGGAGAAUGGCUGGGGCGUGAUGGUGAGCCACCGCUCAGGAGAAACAGAGGACACUUUUAUAGCUGACCUGGUGGUUGGUCUCUGCACUGGACAAAUCAAAACUGGAGCGCCCUGUCGGUCAGAGCGUUUGGCUAAAUACAAUCAGCUCAUGAGGAUUGAGGAAGAGUUGGGUGACCAGGCCCACUUUGCUGGGCACAACUUUCGCAACCCCAGUGCCCUUUGAGUGCACAUGUUAAUGCAGGAAGUCACACAUUCAUAUAUACCAUGUUCUGAUUCCCUGACAGAUAUACAACAGUGGGAUAAUUACUCAUCAUUUUCAGCACAGCUUGUAACACACUGAGACACUUUUCAAAUAUCUGACAUGCGCAAACAUGCUCUAUAACUACAGUUUAUUGACCUGAUGCUUCAGCAAGUGAUUGAGUUCAUUGACUUCAGCCAGUUGUUGUUCAGUGUUUCACCUCUAAGCACAGACGAGCACUUCCUCUGAUGCACUUUUUUCCCCUUCUUUGGUCGCCUCCUUAUGACUUACUGCAGAAGUAUUUUGAAUUUGUGUGUCCUGUUGUUUCCUUUUCCUCCUGUUCCUCCUGUCUUUCCUGA